CUUGCCCCCUUCCCAUCUUGCAUGCGGAAUAGUGGUGGUAAAAUUUUCGUCCUCCUGUAGGUAUCUCGUCUGAAAAAAUGGUUUUUCCAGGAGUGCCAACUAGGCCGUUUGUGUAAUAGUAUGUAGAUGCAAUAGUUUGAAUAGAUGGUAAUAUAUACAGACAUCGGAAGAGAUCGAUGAUGCAGAGGGUAGCAAGCGGCCGAGAAGUUAUGACGUCGUCGUCGUCGUUCUGCUGUUUAGCAGCCUCGCUACUGAUGCUGUUGCUACCGUUCUUUGCCAUGGCAGCAGCAGCUGCAGGCGGGAGCAGCAGCAGCAGCAGCUGCAGGCGGGAUCAGCAUCGAGUACCCGUUCUGCGUGGAGCCUGGCUGCUACCACCCAGGCUUCAACCUCACCUGCAACCACUCCUACAGCCCGCCCAGGCUAUUCCUCGGCGACGGCACGGUGCAGGUGCUCGAGAUCGCCAUCCCCCAAGCCACCGUGCGCAUCAACAGCGGCCGCAUGGUGUUCAAUUCUACUGGCAAUCAUGCCGUCAACAGAUCAUUAUUGGAUCAGGUGGGAAGGCCGUACUUCGUGGCAGCUUCAAACAGGAUAGCUUUGCUAAGCUGCAACGCCCGGGUUGACGUCCGCGCGGCUGGGAGAAACAACAACAAAACUAGUACUAAGUUGCUCAGUUCCUGCACUGCCAUCUGCCCAACAGACGAUGGAGGUGGUGCUACCACUAUCCUCGAUAUUGGUCCAGAGGGUCCAUGCUCAGGGAUUGGCUGCUGUGAAACAAGCAUGCUACUAGCAGGAAGCUCGACUGCUGCCUACAGCAUCCAGGUCCAGAACUUGCAGGAGCAGGCCGUCGUGCUAAAUCGAACGGAUGAUCUGGUGUACUUGGUAGAUGAGAGAUUUAACUAUACCUUGGACAUGUCUUUCGGCUACAGCAGUCCUGAAGAGCUCCCAGCACGGCUAGACUGGUACAUAAAUAGUUCAUCAGCGUGUCCGUUGCCCGCGUCCGCCCCCGAAUGUCGCAGCGCGCACAGCUAUUGCGACAGUACUUACGACAACAAGGCGUACAUCUGCCGCUGCUCCGAAGGUUACGAAGGAAAUCCCUACGUUCCUGAUGGAUGCCAUGGUAAUUAAUUAAUAUAAGCCCUUGCUGCUUUAAUUUCUUCAUGUUCUUCAACAAUCAACUUCUAAUUAACUGAUACUCCUAUAUCCGUUCAAAAUGAAGAAAAAAAAACAACUCCUAACUGAUAUAUACGCCCUUGCUGUUUGCUAGAUACGGAUGAAUGCAGUUCUGGAUACUGCAGUUACGGCGAGUGCAGGAACACACCAGGAUCGUUCAUUUGCAACUGCCCUCGUGGCUACGAGGGCAAUCCAUCGCCAAAAGAUGGAUGCAAAGGUGAACUAAAACUAGCUAGCUAGUUGGAUUGCCCACAAAUCUGUACAAGGAUAGAUUUAUUUCAAAGUUUUGCCUCUACUUUCCUUUUGAUCAAACUUACAAUGAGACAUUUGGUUAUUUAGUUUCUCUCAAUUCUUGUCCAUUGCGACACGAAUCUAUUGAAUAUUUGUUUCUAUAUCUUUAUAAAUGGAGUAUACUCCCUCCAUACUUAUAAAGGAAGUCGUUUAGGACAAUGUUUAAGUUAAAUCUUGGGAAUAUAAAUCAUGAAUAA